AUGGCUGACGGGAUCAUCUACAUGCUACUGGAUCGGCUGGCUUCAACAGUUUACGAGUACGUUGACGGAGAGGUGAAACUUGUUUUGGACGCCAAGAAAGAUGUUGAAGAAUUUGCUGGCAAUCUCAGAGCUAUUCAAGCCGUUCUCGAAGAUGCGGAGCAAAGGCAAGUCAAGGAGGCCAACGUGAGGAUCUGGUUGGAUCAGCUCAAAGACAUAUCCUUCCAGAUGGUGGACGUGCUGGACGAGUGGAACACUGACAUGCUGAGACAACAGGUUGAGAAGCAAGAACGAGAAGGUGAAAAUGUUCCUGUUCCUGAGAAGAAGAAGAAGUUAAGUGUGAUUGAUGAGCAAAGAAAAAGGUAUGGGUUUCAACCCAUAGAAAGAGGCAUUCAAGAAUUACCUGAACGGCAGAAGACUUCGUCUUUUGUCGUCGUGUCAGAGGUAUUUGGUCGAGAAAAGGAAAAAGACAUUCUGAUAACAAAGUUGAUGAGUGAUGGUGGAGAAGAUCGGAGGGGGCUCCUUAUCAUCCCUAUUCUAGGGAUGGGAGGAAUGGGAAAAACAACUCUAGCCCAACUUGUUUAUAAUGAUGACAAGGUUAAAGCCUAUUUUGAAAAGAGAGUGUGGGUUUGUGUCUCAGAUCCUUUUGAUGAGAUUAAGAUUGCCAAAGCUAUAUGCGGUGAUAAUGCCCCAAACUCAAAUGAGUUGGAUCAUGUCUUGCAAUGCGUGUCAAAAUCCAUCGAGGGCAAAAGGUUUCUCCUUGUCCUAGAUGAUGUGUGGACCCCCGACUGUAAAAAGUGGGAAAAAUUAAGGGCACCACUAAUUCAGCAUGGUGCUCAUGGCAGUAAAAUAUUGGUGACCACACGAAAGCAUGAGGUCAUUGAUAUGAUGAGAGCAGAAAGUGAAAUGAUCAAUUUGGGAGAGUUGCGAGAAGAAUAUUGUUUAUCAAUCUUCAAUCGCAUGGCGUUUGCUGAUGCAGAAGUAAAUGAGUCCAAGGCGUUUGAAGAUAUUAGUAAGGAUAUUGUGAAGAAAUGCAAGGGCUUACCUCUCGCUGCAAAAGCUUUAGGUAGUCUCAUGUUCAAUAAAAAAACACGGAGGGAAUGGCUAGAUGUCUUGAAUAGUAAGAUAUGGGACCGAGAAGAGGUGGAGCAAGAAGUUUUUCAACCACUUUUUCUAAGUUAUUAUGAUUUGGCCCCAGCAAUAAAAUGUUGCCUUUUGUAUUGUGCUAGUUUUCCUAAAGAUUAUAAUUUUAAGAGGGAUGAGUUGAUUAAUCUUUGGAUGGCACAAGAUUAUCUUAAUUCAAAACGAAAUAAAGAUGAGGGAGAAGUUGGUCAAGCAAUCUUUGAUAACUUAGUAGCACGGUCUUUUUUUCAAGAUUUGGAGAAAGAUGAUGUUAGUGGUAAAAUUAUAGGUUGCAAAAUGCAUGAUAUCGUUCAUGACUUUGUGCAAUCUCUCACCAAGAACGAAUGUUUGGUCACUGGGGAUGUUGAUAGUGAAAUAGAGGGUUUGGGUGAAAAGGUUCGUCAUUUGACCUUAACCUUUUGGUGGAAACGUGGUGAGUCUCUGCCACUCCUAUCUUCUAAUGCAUAUUACAAUUGCAAAAACCUACGUUCACUCUCAUAUUUUGAUUCAUGCAUUGCUGAGAUAGACUCAAAUUUUAUUCUACAAUUGAAAUGUCUUAGGACGUUAAAUUUGCAUUCGAGAGGCAUAAGUGAAGUCCCAAAGGAAAUUGGUGAAUUGAUACAUUUGAGGCAUAUUGAUUUGUCAUGGAAUUGUGAUUUGAAGAUCUUGCCGGAUAGUAUCUGUGAGUUGUACAAUUUGUAUACUAUGCGCCUCGUUUGUUGCUGGUCACUUGAAAAACUACCUGAUAACAUGGGAAAGUUGAUUAGCUUAAAGUACCUUGAUGUUUUGGGCUGUGAUAAGCUGGAAUACUUGCCAAAAGGGAUUCGGAGAUUAAAAAAAUUGAAAAGACUUGUUCAGUGUGUUGUGGUUUGUGGUGAGGAUGAGGACAGAGCAGCAUUACAAGUGGGAGAUCUGAGAGUCUUGAACCUUGAGGGCAGUCUCAUCAUAAAAUUGAAGGGGAAUGUGAAAGAUGAGAGGGAGCUUGAGAAGGCACCAUUGUCGGACAUGAAGAAACUCUUUCAUCUCAAAAUUGAUUCUUACGAUGUUCUAUACAAGAAGACAAGAAGCACUGUAGAAAUACUGAAUGGGCUACGACCGCACGAAAAUCUGGAAUCUUUAGACAUUUCUUAUCAUUCAGGCACCACUUGCCCCAAUUGGAUCAUGUCUUUGCACAACUUAAGAAUCAUCUAUCUAUCUGAAUGGAGUGAAUGCAAGUUUUUGCCUCCUCUUGGGAAAUUGCCCCACCUUGAAAAGCUGACUAUGUAUGGUAUGGAGAAGGUGGAAAAGAUUGGUGGUGAAUUUUUGGGAAUAGUUGACUCAGAUGAAACGUCAUUGAAAUCAUCAUCAUCCACCUCAUUUUUUCCAAAGUUGAAAGAAUUCGAAAUUUGUUUCAUGGCAGCGUUGGAGGAGUGGGAAGUAGGCGUGGAAGGGUGGAACAAGGAGGAUUCUGAAAUUUCAAUCAUGCCAUGUCUUUCCUCUCUACAAAUUAGUGAUUGCGACUACAUAAAAACACUGCCAGACUUCCUCUGCAAAACACCACUGCAGGAUCUUAUCAUUGAGGCUUGUCCGAGGCUUUCAGAGCGAUGUGAGCAAAGCAGUGGAGAGGAGUGGCCCAAGAUUUCUCACAUCCCAAACAUCAAAAUCUCAUCAUCCUUAAGAAGAUACGAGCAAUGUGGAUCAACUGGUGAUUUGCGAGCUAGGCAUACAUAUUAAUCUUCUUUUAAAAGAAAAUAGUAACACUUGAGCAAAGGUGAGCCAAAUUAAAGAGCGUCAGUUGAGGUCACCUUUAGGUUUCUCAUGAGGUUUGUUGUUUGGCUUUAAUAUACAUUAUUUGGUUGUUUCUUAGGAAAAUUUAAUUCUAGGACAAUAUCAUAGAGAUGUUACUCAAUAGGUAAUUUACCUAUCGUUUCAGGGAUUCUGUAGAACUUAAAAGUGUGAUGUCGACCAUCAACAUACCGCUACUGAAUCUUCCCCACAAAUUUUGAUCAUCUUCACCUAAGCCAUGAGAACUUGCAGGCAUUGGAAAGUGAUUCCUCAAAGCAUUCCUCUGCUAACUCCUCAUUGCUCGGACCUGAGCUUAAUGAUCCUUCAUGGCCAUUUUCAACAGGUCAAAUACAAUCAUGUGAACAGGGUAGCUAACUGCAUUUCUCAUAGACGUAGUUUGGUUUGAGGAGCUUACAUGAUUGUACAUCUCCUUGUAAAGGAUAGUCAUACUAUGUAAUUUGGCAUGUGGAGUUCUUUUCUCCUUCGAUUGGGUUGAAAUACCCGACAAUGUUUUUACUGAGGUCCCUUUCAAUGGUGCACCCCAUCCUCUCUUGUACGUAUUCUUCCAUAACGCUAAUGAAUAUCAUACUUCUUUCCAACAAAAGAAAAAA